UGAAUUGUUUUAUAUUAUACUAAUUCUUAUGAUUGGUUAUUUUCUUUAAACCUUCCAAUUAGAAUAAAAAUAUUUACAAUAGAUGAUGAGUAGGAAAAAAAGAUAAGAAUUGAAAUGGAUCAUGGACUCUUGGGGGUGAUUCGCCUGAUACACUUUGUGCAAAUUUCAUCUAUGACAGACAGAAACAUUUUGACAUUUCUAGUCAUUACAAAGGUUAUGUUUACAAAGUAUGAAGUUAUUGGUUUUAAUUUUUCUUGUAGAUAAUAAUAUUUUUCGAAAAUGUCCACACUAAAUUAUUUAACAAGAGUUGCUCAAGUUGAUGCUUUAAAACUAGACAAUGAAAUUAUUGAAAUAUUUAAGAGACAAAUUUCGGAGUUGUUGCAGUACGUUCCCGCAGGACUAGCAACUAAAUAUGAUCCCGAAAUUACCUUAAUAUUACGAUUGUUCAUGUUCAAUCAUUCUCUAAUCAAAAAUAGAGCAACUUUUGGUCAACAAUUGUUAGCUAUAAAAUACGAUAAUAUGUCGAAUAAUAAAUUGUUGUUGUAUGGAAUUUUAACGCAUGGUGUUAACUAUAUCAAAGAUAGAAUUCAUACAAUUAAUUCCGAAGCUAUUCACGAUUUUAAUGUUACAAAAUUAUUGGAUAGGUUAGAAGGAUUGUUGUUAUUAGUAAAUUUAAUAAAUUUUUUAAAUUUUUUACGUACUGGAGAAAAACCAUCGCUAGUUGAUAGAAUUUUAGAUUUAAAACAAACUAGCACCGUAAAACGAUAUUUAAAUAAUAACAUAUAUUCUUUUAUGCAACGAGAAAUUUUAUGGCAUACGUUUAUUGAAUUAUUAUUGAUAGUUCUUCCGCUAAUCAAUUAUCAUAGCUGGGUAAGGCGUUUUAAAAAUUUAAGUCCCUGGAAUACAAAUUCUAAUCAACAUCAUAUAGAAGCACCAAGAGUUUUUACAAUUACUACAAAAUGUCCAAAUUGUAAUGAAAAACCUGUUUUACCACACCACAUGGGAUGUUCACAUAUUUUUUGUUAUUAUUGUUUAAAGGGAAAUUUAGAAGCAGAUACUGGAUAUCAGUGCCCUGUUUGUAAUUUUUCGGGGCAAAAAUGUUUAAAAUUUUAUAUGUAACAUAAUAAAAUGAAAAUAAACUAAUUAAUUUGUACAUGG